AUGAGCUGUUGUCAUGGGCCCGUGUCCCGGAAGGACCGGCCCGGUUCGGCACGGGUCCUGGUGACUGAGCUGAGUGGAUCAGGUCAGAUCAACCCAACUCCCUCCACUAAGCCCUGCGAGGACCCAGAGACAGAAGUGGAGCUUCACCUCUCUGCAGAGAAGCUGAAAUCACUAUGUGGAACUUGGGACCUCUCGUUUGUGACCUCGCUGGAGAUCUGCGUAGACACACAAGAAACUUCGCUGGGCAACUUCGGUGCCCUCUUGCCCAAGCUUGUUCAGCUGAAAAUGAACAACAGCGCGAUCAUGUCAGUGAGAGACUUGGGAACCACCCUCUCCCAUCUGCAGGUGCUGUGGAUGUCUCGCUGCUGCCUACAAGACCUAGAUGGCAUUUCUUCUUUCUCUUGUCUGGAGGAGCUGUAUGUGGCCUACAACAGCGUGUCAGACCUGAGUCAGCUUGGCAUGCUGGAGAACCUGCAGCUUUUGGAUCUGGAAGGCAACGAUGUGGAUGAUUUAGUCCAGGUCCAGUAUCUGGGGUUAUGUGGCAAACUCCAGAAACUCACCCUGGAGGGAAAUCCUGUGUGUGUCCGCCCAACCCCCACUGCCCCUCAGACGUCAGACUAUAGAUAUCGGGCUGCAGUGAGGGAGUUGGUCCCUCAGCUUCAUUACCUUGACAAUAUAAGGGUUGAGGAUGACGGUCUGAGCUGCAGUGGCACCAUGGGAGAAGACUGGGCCGUUCUCCGAAACUCCAUCAGAGACUGUAGCUCCUCCCAGAGCGCCACUGAGGACGAGGAGACAGCAGAGGGUGCGUGGCCGGACAGCAGACCCAGCUCAGCCAGGCGCCCAGCUUCCAGCCGCUCCUGUGUCUGGCCACUCUCAUCAGCGGGCUCCAGACCCCAGACUGGCUCCAGACCCAUGUCAGCGACCAGGUCAAGGGUACUCUCCCCUCCUGGAUCCAGACCUGGCUCUGCAGACUCUGAUAUAGCAGCAGUGGAAGCAGAAACCAGCAUCCUGACACAUGGAGCUGGUAAGAUCGUGUACUGUGGAAACCCAGUCCAAGCUAUUCGAGCGAGACGCGAGAAGUUGAAGACGGCGCCCACCAAGUCUACUUUUACCCCCCGCGACCUGCUCAUCCACGUACCAGAGCACACGUACGACCUUGAGGAGCCUGAUGUCGGGGAACGUGGUGAUGUAUUCGCUGAACUCAGAGCUUGGCGGGAGCAGCACAGCAGGCGUCUCCAGGCCAUAGAGACGGAAAGAUUACCACAGGUCCUGGCUAUUCGACACAGCGAUGAAGAAGAGGGGGGAGAUGAUGAUAAUGUUGAUGACGAUGAAGAAGAAGCCGGAUCCCCUGACGUGGCUCGGCUGUCCCUGUCGUCAGACACCUCGCUGUCCCCUUGUCCCCCUGUCAGUGCCACAGCAGCUCCCGGUAAUCGCAAACCGCAAGGGUUUCGUGCACGUCGGCUUCGACUCAGCCAGGCCGACUCAGAACAUUUACCUGUUUCCAGCAAAGCAAGGUGCUCCCAGCAGAUAGGCACAGCAGCAGGAAACACAGAGCGGGAAAUCCAGCAGGUCCAGCAGGUGACCAGGGCGAGUGUGGACGUGGACUCUUCCAGUGCACAGUCCGGCAACAAGCCCCGCCACGUCCCUCAGAUGUCCAAGCUCCCACACAGGCCAGCAAUCACUCGUCCUCACACAGCCAGGGCUGCUCUACAGAAACAUCACCCACACCACACACUCCAGCCCUGCAGAGGGAGCUCACAUCCUGACUGA